CGCUCUCUCAUAUCAUAUCUGACUUCGCCAACGCCUACUUACUCUGUCAAUCUUUACAAUCGAGAUCACGUUGCUCAAAUAUGUCUGAAUUCAAAUGGGAUGAUGAAAGUCUGAAAGGUCUGACGGGACAACACCUGAUCAAUGGCAAGAUUGUCAGUCUCGCUCGAACCAAAAAUCAGGCUCAGUAUGAGACAAACCUCAGCCGCCUCGAAGGCUAUCAGAACUCGCUCGCCGACGGAACAAUCACGCACGGCAACAGGUAUGAUCUUGCGGAUCUGUAUUCUGGGGGAAGCAAAGAUGGCGUCAAUUAUGACGACUUGCUCAAGAAUCUCUCCAGGUGUUCAUUCUUCAACAAAGAGCGAGGCUGGUCAGGUCCUUAUGGCGUUGAAAGUAUAGAGGACCUCGAGGCGCGACUCGAUCAGGAAACUCGAACGGCAGCGAUCGAUUGCCGAAUGUCCAAACAGUACGAGAUCUGCAAAGACUUGGCCAGUAAAUGUCCCAUCCCGGGGACCAAGGUCGGAGUGGUCACUGACUCUACAUCUGACGUGGCCGAAGCCUUCGCAGUCAUCAUACCUCCUACCAAAGAAGGCUCUGAGCAAAUUUUUAGCGCGUCGGCUUUCAUGAACGACUACUCUGAGACUGCCAACUGGCUCCGAUCUGCCUUUGAACGAACAAAGGAAUUGCCCAUCGUAAUUCCUACAACGGAUAGGGGCGCAGUAAGCCUUAGAAGCCUCAGGCUCGUCGACCCGGAUACGGAUAGUGAUACCCAGAGCUUCCGUGUACCGCUCGAUCUCACUGGCCGGAUGCUCGACACUUCAGACAUUGAGACGAUCCAAGGUGGAGGAAUCAGUAUCGAUAAUUAGUCCGAGAAUGUCCGCACUCAAUAAUCGGGCUACAUGAUCAUUUAAAGACGAG